UACCCUAAGCUGCAAAUUAUGUUAAACAAUUCAGCCAAACAUACCCAAGCAACAAUUCUCUUUCUCACUGGAAAGUGUCUUGGAGCUGGACCAAGCUCCUUUAACUUCAUUGUUCUACUUUAUCAUUCUUUUGCUUUGAUCACCUCCAGUGAAACUUCGAUCUUUGCAUGUGUGGGGUAGGGGGAUACUUAUUGUUACUUUCAGUCAGUAAUUAAAAAAACUGCUCUUCCAUUAUAGGAUUAAGCCAAUCUUCUCAUUAUUAGUUUCUAAUAAAGGGAUCACCUGGGGUGUUUUCUGGUUACCUAAUCCCUGGGAUUUUUACUUUGGUGGUGCACCAUUGGCGGGGUCUUCGUUUGUAGUCUUAAGCAAAGUAGUAAAGGUUGUUCCUUUAAGUUAUAUACCCAUGUUUUGCUUAAGGGAGUAGUUUCAGUUUUCACUGAUUUGGUUCUGUUAUCUUUUUCUUGCUUUGAUGAUGAUUGGCUGAGGCCUGAGAGAGAUGAAACUUCUUGGAGAUUGAGUUCCAGUUUUUUUGGAAGUUUUAAAAAAAUGGGGUUUCAUAGUCAAUUUGAAGUUACUCUCCUGCUGUUCACCAUAUGUAUUACUCUCAGUGUUAUGUCAGUUGAUGGAUCAUCAGCAAGAACUUCAUGGCCGCCACCAAUAAGAAUGCCUGCAAAAACACCAACCAUCUAUCCUACCGGGCUAGUCCAACCACCAUCAACAGAUCCAGAUCCAGCGCCUUCUCUGACACGAAGACCUCCCGGCUUUGGCAGGACUAGAAAUGGAAAGUUAGCCUCUUCCCCUUCUAGCAAAGUGUUCCAUCAUUUAUCAUCUUCUCCGGAUCACUCUCCAAAUAAAGCAAUCCAUCCACACCAUGCCCUGAAGCCUUUAAGUAUUUCGGUUGCACCUACUUCACCAUCGUUUGGAUACCCUGGGAAGAAUCGGAUGCUUGGUCCUGUAUCCUCACCUUCAAUAUGGUUUUAUAAGCAUCAUCAUGCAAGGAAACAUUUCAGAAAUUCUGCUCCUCAACCCUCCUAUUCAAUUCAUCAACCUGCUUCCAGGCAGCAAGUUCCUGCAGUUUCUCCUUCUCAGUAUUCCACUCCUAGCUGGAUUUCACCAGCACCAACACCUACGGCCCCAUCAAGCCACUUUCAUAAAGUGCCCAUUCUUCAACCGGCAAUUUUUCCAACCGCUUCUUCCAUGAAGAAGAUGAAGGCUCCGCCACCAUCCAUCGUUAUGGCACUACCACCUCCACCUCCUAAUAAAGAUUGUACGUCAGUGGCAUGCAGCGAGCCCUUAACAUAUACACCUCUCGGAUCACCUUGUGGUUGUGUCUGGCCAAUUCAAGUUAAGCUUCGGCUUGGUGUUUCAAUAUACACAUUUUUUCCUUUGGUUUCAGAACUGGCUCAGGAAAUUGCUGCUAGUGUAAGACUAAAUCACAGCCAAGUUCGGAUUAUGGGAGCAAAUGCAGCUAGUCAAGAGCUAGAGAAAAGUACGGUCCUCAUCAACUUGGUACCAUGGGAAGUAAAAUUUGACUAUUCAACCGCGUUAUUUAUCUAUAAGAAAUUUUGGAACCAACAGGUCUUCAUAAAGGUUUCUCUUUUUGGUCCCUAUGAAGUUGCAUAUGUUCGUUAUCCAGGGCUUCCACCCUCUCCUCCUGCAGCGAGUUCCAGUGUUUCUGUUGUCGAUGAUGGGCCAUACACUGGUCGUAACUAUCAUGGACAAGCGAUAAAACCUUUAGGAGUCGAUGUUCCUACGAGGAAGAGAGAAGGGCUUACACGAAGCAUGAUAGCUGUGAUUGUUCUGUCAUCUUUUUCAGCCUUUGUUGUAUGCUUGGGGAUCGUUUGGCUUAUUCUUUGGAAAUUCGGAGCUUGUGUCAAAGAACCUAAACAUGUACCACAAACUACAACAUUUUCUCCAUCCAAACCAUCAGGGUCUGCUAGGCCUGUUAUGCAAGGAAGCAAAUCCAGUGCUACAUCAAUGUCUUUUAGUUCCAGUGGGAUGACAUAUACUGGAUUGGCAAAGAACUUCACCUUGAAUGAUAUAGAAAGAGCGACAAAUAGCUUUGAUGAUUCUAGGGUGAUUGGUGAAGGAGGUUUUGGCAUUGUCUAUAGAGGCAGUUUGGAUGAUGGAGCUGCAGUGGCUGUUAAAGUUCUGAAGAGGAAGGACCAACAUGGGGGACAAGAAUUCUUGGCAGAAGUGGAGAUGCUUAGCCGCCUGCACCAUAGAAAUCUGGUUAAACUGAUUGGUAUUUGCACCGAGGACAAUAUACAUUGUCUUGUCUACGAACUUGUUCCGAAUGGAAGUCUUGAAUCCCAUUUACACGGAGCUGAGAAGGAAACCAAUCCACUUGACUGGGGUGCCCGUAUGAAGAUUGCUCUCGGUGCAGCCCGAGGCUUGGCAUAUUUACAUGAAGACUCCAACCCCCGGGUUAUACAUCGAGACUUCAAAUCCAGCAACAUCUUGCUGGAACAUGAUUUUACCCCUAAAGUUUCGGAUUUUGGAUUGGCUAGAACCGCUUUGGAUGAAGGGAAUAAAUACAUCUCAACACAUGUAAUGGGAACGUUUGGUUACUUGGCUCCAGAGUACGCAAUGACCGGACACCUUCUUGUCAAAAGUGAUGUUUAUAGUUAUGGGGUAGUCCUACUUGAGCUCUUAACAGGGAGGAAACCUGUGGACUUGUUGCAGCCCCCAGGUCAAGAAAAUCUCGUUGCAUGGGCUCGUACACUCCUAACAGACAAGGAAGGUUUAGAAACCAUUAUCGAUCCGGUCAUAAAAUCUGAUAUCUUGUUAGAUAGCAUUGCCAAGGUAGCGGCGAUUGCAUCGAUGUGCGUGCAGCCAGAAGUUUCUCAUCGUCCAUUCAUGGGCGAAGUUGUUCAAGCAUUAAAACUCGUAUGUAAUGAAUUUGAUGAGAAAAUGGAGGUCGAACCGAAGGCUGGCAUCCAGGACUUUCCUACGACAGUAGAUAGUAAGCUUAGUAGACUUUCAAGUGAGCUUGUGGAAGCUUCACAGACCUAUCACCCAACACCUGGCUAUGACUAUAGCCGUGAAAGCAAUAUAGCACUGUCUGCAGUGGAUUUUUUAAGUGUCCCACCAGGGCUUGAGGUGCAGGAGCCUGGGUCGUUUCGGAGGCACUCGUGCUCGGCCCCUCUAGGAACAGGAAGGAGAAGACAUUUCUUGCAGAGAAUACGAAGUUUUUCGAGAGGCAGCCGAAGUGAGCACGGAUUUUCUGUCAAAUUUUGGCGAGGGUCUCGUUAAAAUUUUGCUAAAACCCCUUUCCAUUGAUGUCACAAUAUCUUCCAUGAGUAAUUAGUGUUGGCUUUCUUGAACAAGAACUGGGAAAUUUUCUGAAUGCAGACAGAUGCUUUAUUCUG